AUCUCUUACUGUCUCUCUGAUCUUUCUUCACUCUACAUUCACUUCAUUCAGAGACACCAAUGAGGAGCUUUUAAACAGUGACAGUAUGUGUUUCUUGAUGUGUGAUUCUGAAAGGAGCUAAAACUCACUCAGUGGGUUGAAGGGCUACGGUGGCUGAUUCUCAACUGUGCUGCUCUGAUCAUUACAGACGUCCUAAAAGAGAAAGUGGAGACUAAAGGAGCCAUUACAGAGAAACAGCACAGCAGCAGUUGGAGGAAAUGGCUGCUAGAAACCCUCUUUCAGAAGAAGAGCUUUCCUGUCCUGUGUGCUGUGAAAUCUUCAGGGAUCCUGUUGUUCUGUCGUGUAGCCACAGUGUGUGUAAAACCUGCCUGCAGAAGUUCUGGGAAACUAAGGGAUCUCGAGAAUGUCCAGUUUGCAGAAGAAGAUCAUUAAAAGAAUAUCUUCCUCGUAACCUUGUACUGAAGAACCUUUCAGCCUGUGUGUGGUGUGUCAAAGGGCAGAAGAUAUGGCCAAGGCCUAGAAUAGAAAAACUCAAGAGAAUUUUGGACUCUCUGGAAAAGACUCGGAAAGUCUUAGAGGAAGCUAAACAAGACUAUGACCAAACAGCAGCUCACAUUAAGACGCAGGCCCAGCACACAGAGAGGCAGAUAAAGGAGGAGUUUGAGAAGCUUCACCCGUUUCUAAGAGAUGAAGAAGCAGCAAGGAUAGCUGCACUGAAGGAGGAAGAGGAGCAGAAGAAUCAGAUGAUGAGGAGGAAGAUUGAGGAGAUGAAUGGAGAAAUAUCAUCUCUUUCAGACACAAUCAGAAACAUAGAGAAGGAAAUGGAAGCUGAGGAUGUUCUAUUCUUACAGAACUUCAAGUCUACAGAGAAACAAGCUCAGCUCACACCAAAGGAUCCAGAGAAGACAUCAGGAGCUCUGAUCAAUGUAGUGAAACACCUUUCCAACCUGAAGUUCAGAGUGUGGGAGAACAUGCAGGAGAUUCUCCAGUACAUGGUAACUAAGGACAACACAGUACAGUAAUGGCUGCUUACAGUCAGAGAUCUGAGAGUCUCGGCUGAUCUGGCUGAAAAUGCAGGUACGGAUUAUUCACUCUUUCCUGUGGAGGCUGUGGAGACAGUUUGUUCCAUUUUGCUGAUCUGCUGAUUCAGAGGUCCACCCUGUAGUGUUCAGAACUCUGGAGGAGGUGGUUCAUCGUCUUUUUCUGCAAAAUUCAGAUCACUCAGACAUUCGGACGCCCUGCUCACAUGCUGCCUGUGGAAGCCAUGGAAAGUUAUUUAUUGGCAGGUUUGUCUGUUCGUGACACUGCAGUUCUUUAUGGAGUGAAAGAACAGUUUAAUCAACUUUUCUCCUGCUGGGCUUGAUUGCCAAGCCUGAACAUGAAAAAUGCGCCCCCUCAUUAUCAUAUGAACGAAGAAAUACAGAAAUAAAUAAUGCUUUAAU